UAGACCGUCAAACCUCACAAUGUCUCCGUUCGGUAUGAUCGUCUUGACAGCCGCAUCGAUGGCGAUGCUUUCCGCUCAGGUAUGUUAAAAUAAAAAAAAAAAAAAAAAUAUUGCAAUACCGGUCAUUCUGUAUACGGCUUAGGGUAAUACUUUCAUAGUAAAAAUAUUCGUCUAUCGAUACAACUCGGCAUUCACUCGCGUUAUACGUAUUAUACAGAGUAAUACUUCGUAGAUUUUAGUUUCCGCAUGCGCGCAGCGAAGUACAAUAAUUUAUUAAGCUACUUAACUCGUGUUAUAAAUGGUUUUAAACGAAAAAUUCGGUUUUUUUCGUUUGGCGAAAAUGCUCCGCGGAGUUAGUGUAAGCGAAUAAUUAAAAGACUCGGUAUAAUUUAGAUUAUCCGCCGGCCGUUGGUAUUUUAUUUGAAAUUUACAAUAAUUUCCCUCCUUUUUUUUUCGUUUUUUGUAGGUUAGAAAUAUAACGACGUUUUAAAUGUUUCAUCGCGCGUAGUUGUUGUACCCUAUUUGAGAGACAGGCGUGACACACGCGUGUACUGUUUCAGUACAACUGAAUGGCGACAUAACGAAAUCAUCUUUACGCAAAUUUGGUUUUCCGAAUAAAAGCACUUAUUAUAAAAUUAAAUAGAGGACAAUAUUACGGAGGAUAACACGAUGCUUAUUUUAUUGUAUAUUAACUUUUUGAAUAGUUAUGGUAGUUUAAAAAUGUGGAAAAAUGAGUCGUUAUUACUAAUCGACGUGUUCGGCAUUCUAAUUAGAAUAAUAAAAAAAACCCGCGCUAUCCUACCAACUCUGAGAUUUUGCCGGCUUUUAAUUUAAUUUAAAAUGUUUUUCUCUAAAAUCAAAAUUUGCCGAGUUUUACGUUAUAUGCCGAGAUUUCGCUGUGUCACUGUGUUGCUUGUGUAUGUUAGUUGAACUGACACAGCACAUACGGGUAUCACGUCUUUUUAAAACGCGAAAUUUCUCUUUUUUUUCAAAUUUGAACUUUGUACUUUAUUCGACAAAUUGUUUGAAAUUUCUUUUACUUUUCCCGUUGUCCACCGACUACCACGGUUAAUCAAAUUCCACCAAAAUCGUUUUUCGAUUGCAAAUGGUUUAUCGUUGCUUUCAGUAUAUUAUAAUAUAAAUUAUUUACGAUGAAGACUUAUGCAGUAUAUUUUAGUAUACUUUUCCAACUUCCUACUAACAAUUUUGGCCUAUGGGGUGACCGUAGUGCGAACUAAAAUGUUAAUAAUUUCUCAUUAUAAUAUAAGUGUGUAUAGAAUUCAUAGACGCUCGUACUGAUUGGGCUAUUAGAUUAUGUGCGGUAUUGAUAAUGAAUUCGAUUUGUUUUUCAAUUUGUUUUUUUAGACAACCAUGUUUCGUACAAAACAUAUCCCCUACUAAUCCGUUUAAUUUAGGCCCAUAAAGAGUGUUAUUACACGGUUGUACAUGUAUAUAUAUAUAUGGUAAUGUGGCCGCGGAACAUUGGGUAGGCGGUCAGAUUAAAUUUAGCCAUAUUGUUGACCUAGAAGUCUGCGAACGUUUAUAAUUGAAUUAAAAAAUAUCCAAUUCUAAAGUAUUAUAAACGUUUAUAUACAUUUAUAUAUAUAUAUUAUUUUUAUUAUAUACAAUAUAAUAUACAGUAUAAGCAUAAAAUAUGUAUGCAUAUACUAUACAUAUAAAUAUUAUUAUUUUGUUUUCUUACUUUUUACAUUUUUACUUAUAACUAUAUUUAUCGUGAUAAAUAUCUUGACGUAUAUAAACAAAUUAAAUAAUUGUUGAAUAACUUUUGGUCUUCAGCUAUACGAAUCCCGUUUUUGUCUCGUCAUCAUAAUCUAUAAGUCCGGUAAAUAUUCGUAAAAAAAAAAAAAAAAAUAAUAAUAAUAAAAUUCGAUUUUAAAAAGUUUCCAUACACAAUACAUGCACCUAUCGUAUUAUAACUAUAAGUAAUAUUCCGUGUGUGUAACGUGUAUCACACUUUGUGACGUAUAAUAUUGUGUAUAAUAUUAAUUUUAUACAUAAUAUGCGUCCGAGUUUAGUGUCAUAUUUCACAUAUUUCGUAUGCAAGGUCAAUUUUUUGAAAGCACGUAACUACAAACUUCAUAAACAUAUAAUUCAUAUUGGCAUUAGUACCGAGUUAGAUUAGAUAGCCACAAUUAUUUAUAAUAGCGUUUUAUAUACUUGUAAUAAUAAUUAUUAUUAUCAAAUUACCAGAUUCUGUAGGUGUACGCGUGGGUAUAUUGUAUAUCGCAGGUUUAUCUCUAGACCGAAUAUAUCUAUAAUACCUACCUAUAUAUUCGUAAAGUGUGUAGAACAAUUCUGCAUACUCACAUCAGCAGAACACGCGUACUAUUAUUAAUUAAUUUAACAUAUGAGGUGCCUAUUACAGGUAUACAUUAUAUUACAAUAUGAUAAUAUAUUAUACCGAUAUACUCGUAUAUUCCUGUCGUCAUUUUGUUUUAUACCUGCGCUGUCAAUAGCUAUUUCGCACGUCGUUGCCAGUGACAAAUUGUGAAUGACCAUCGUGGAUGCAUGCGUGUAACCGGUCCCCACCUCCGCCCAAAUCCACCCCGCAGCCACUCGUUCCAUAAGUCCUUCAAUUUCCCCCUUUCACCCUUGACAUCUCCUGGCCAUCAGUAAUACCGCAUUUACUUGCAAAGUUCUUGUUCAAGCUAAUCGAUCUGCAUAUAUAAUUAUAUACGAUAGUAAAUUAUUAUGAUGAUAUUUCGGUUACAUGUAUGUAUUAUUGUUUCGGCCUUUAAACGGAACGAAAAUUAUGAUUCAAUCUGAAGUGUUCAACAUAACUAUAAUAAUAUCGUAUGCCGGACCUAUACUGUGUAUAAACAUUUUAUUACGAUUCUGUGACAAACGGCUAUAUAUAUAGGUAUAUGAAUUUGCGUUAUUUACACUUUACAGGUCACGAUGCAAACGGUUAACCAAACAAAAAAACCCCGUUGUGUUUCGAUAAGGCCAAUACCUCAACCCGAACGACAACAGCCGUCGUCCUGGUCGGUUUCAAGAUCACUAUCAUCGCCUCCAAAAUCACCAUCGGCUUCGGAUCUAAAAUCAUCGUCAUCUCCAUCAGGUUCAAAAUCAUCUGUGACAGGUCCGAGAUCGCCAGUAGCCGUGGGCCCGAAAACAACCUUUUCAUCACGUUCAAAAUCACAAUCGAACCGUCCGGUACCAAUGUCGUCCGCGAGCCCGAAACCGCCAUUUUCAUCGCGUUCAAAAUCGCAAUCGAACCGUCCGGUACCAAUGUCGUCCGCGAGCCCGAAAUCGCCCUUUUCAUCACGCUCAAAAUCACGAUUGAACGGCAAGUCGCCACUGUCGUCCUCGGGUUCGAGAUCACCGCCUGAUUCGGUACGCUCGAAGCCUUCCAGAAGAAAAUCGCCAAAUUCAGUUCAGGGUUCAUCGAACCCGUCAUCUCCAGACUCGAGGAUGAUUCAUCCGUCAGAUUCCUUUAGCCUAUUCAAAUUGCCUUUACAAUUAAUUUCUAAUAUUUUUAUGCCACCGACCAUCAAGCAAAACACGUCUUCAGUUGUUUCACCACUAAUCAAUUUCCAAAUGCCAUUGACAUUCUCUACGAUUCACGCUGCGCCGUACCAAGUACCCUGUAAAAAAAUAACAAACUCGCCUACUUCUUACGGUAACCCUGAGCCAAGAACUUGUGCAGACAUUUCGACCGGUCCUUGCAGUGAUUCUCCACCACCGGCCGUUCCUUGUAGUAAUCCUCCAUCACCGGCCGUUCCUUGUAAUAAUCCUCCACCACCGGCCGUUCCUUGCAAUAAUCCUCCACCACCGGCCGGCCCUUGCAAUAAUCCUUCACCGCCGGCCGGCCCUUGCAAUAAUCCUUCACCGCCGGGCGGCCCUUGCAGUAAUCCUCCACCACCGACCGGCCCUUGCAGUAAUCCUCCACCACCGUCCGUUCCUUGCAAUAAUCCCACUACCGCCGGUAAUACGGAUCACCCAACACCAAAUUGCGUACCCCAUACGCAGUCAUCGAACGGUUUCCUUUUUUAUAAUUUUUUGUGCAAUCUCUUAUUUCACAAAACCAUUAGCUUUUUCCCGCCCGCAGUGAUAACAACGCCCACCGUAGACGUGGUGAAAAAUGAAACUACCAUAUCGUGCAUUACUCCUACCACAUCCGAGUCACCUAUCGAAACAAUUACAACAGCCGAGACACCGACCGAAGGGCCGACCGAGACGACAACAGCUCCAUCGGUUACGCCAACCACUCUUGGUGAUGAGGUCACGCCCGCAAUAGAUCAUAAUGGUACUUCGUGUCGUCCCGAUACAACAUUAACGUCAACACAGACACCUCCCGUCGACGUUGAUGUAGUAUGCAAAGUCAUAACCUGUACACCGAUAUUACGUUACAUAAUAACGAAACAUUUGGUUUGCAAAUCUUCGCUGUUGUCCACUUGCUAUUUCAACAAACCGGUGAAAAAACAUUGGCACUCUCAUCAACCCGUUAUAAACCGUCAUCCGAACACGUUUCACGAUGCGCGUAACGAUUACGCGACCGCAUCGGACGAUUCGACUUUAGACAAUAAACAAGCGGAGCUUAUUCUAAAAUUGAUAAAAAUUCUACUUUCUAGUUCCAAUAACUGACCGCCACCGCGGCUUCUAUAACUGCAGUACGUACGAUCAAUCGAAAUUAUUACGCGUUCUAGUUUAUUAUUCGAGGUUUUAUGUAUGCGUACCUAUACAAUAUUUAAAACGAUUUUCCCACGGGCAUUAGAUAUAACGGCACUGUAUUUUAUCAUUAAUUACUUUAUUAAUAUAAUUCCUAUGUAUACAAUAAUAUCGUUAAAGAGAUAUUGAAUAGAUGAUAUACGAGCAUUCGAUAAUUUUUCCCCCUACGAUAUCGGUAUAUGUUAACUUUAAAACAUCAAUUUCGUGUUAUAAUACAAUUCAGUGGCUCGGUGUAAGUAGGGUCAAUGUAAGUUUUUUGAAAAAAUCAGUUAGAAAUAAAAGACAUUUUUUUUUUAUUUUCCAGCUUUGUGGGGAAUUGAAAUUUUAAAGCCCGUUUCCCAACAAUCACAAAAUGUGACGUUGGCCCUUCUAUUGCACCAAGCCACAGAAUUUAUAUGUGUAAACCGUAUACACCGCACACUGCGUAUGAAGACAAAAAUGAAAUCAAUCAAUAUUAUAUAUUUGCAUUUAUCGUUAUAAUAUCAUGUAUUAUAUACCUAAAUAAUAAAAUGUAAAAUAUUUUCCGAAUAUUAUAUGUUACAAUAAAUAUUAUUUUGUACGUUUUAAAUAUUAUGACGGAUGUAUUUAAUAAUAUUAUAUAUUUAUCGAUUUUCGAUAUUAUGUAGUAUAUUUUAUGAUCUAUAUUUUGUAUUUUAUAUA